AUGGUGGCCUCCGCAGCGAGAGUUAUGUGUGGAGCCGGUGUUGAGGAGGGCCACCAGCUGCUCGCCGUGUAUCGUCACCGGCAGGAGCAUCGCCUGCUCGUUGCCAACGCAUGGAGCGAGACCACGCACGUCGUGGCUGGCGCGGCGUCGGGGGCGGUCUCCGUCGCUGUGUCGACGCCCGUGUCCGCGUCGCCGUCGUCUACUCAAUGCUGGCACGAGUCGCACGGCCACCGUUCGUCCUCUGUCCUCACCGAGCCGCCAAACUCGCAACCGCCGCCCACGAGCGCCGGCGACGCAGCUCUUCCUGACCUCCUCUUCCUCCCUUCGCCGGCGGCCGGCGGCGGCGACACCCGAUCGCGUCGCAUGACCAGGAGCCAAACCCCGAAAUCCCUCGCCGUCCUGCUCCGCGCCAGGAUGCACCCGGACCCUAUCCCCUCACCCCCGCACGCUCCGUCACCCGCCGCCAGCCCCGACCCGCCCGCCGCCGCCGCCUCCUCGGUCCGCCAAUGGCUCCACGCCUCCGUAUCCGCGGCCUCCCCGUCUCCCGCCGCCCUCGACUGCUUCUCAGACGGGUACCGCUCCCUCGACCGCCCCGGCCGCCACGAGAUCCUCCGGUCCCUCGCGACCGACUACGACGUGCCCCGCGCGCGGGUCCGCGACCUCAUGCGCCAGUACGUGAGCGUCUCCGCCACCGGGGAUGAGCACCCGGGGGCCGACAAGGAGGACGGCGGCGCCGCGUCGGCGCUGUACCGUAUGGAGCGUGGCCUCCGGGACGCGCUCCGCCCCAAGUACGCCGGGUUCCUUGAGGCCAUGAACGCGCAGCCCGGCGGGCUCAAGUUCCUCGCGGUCAUCCGCGCCGACCUCCUCGCCUUGCUGGGGGAGGAGAAUGCUCCAGUGCUGCGUGCACUGGAUGGGUACUUGAAGGAGAAGCUGGUCACAUGGCUCAGCCCGGCGGCUCUGGCGCUCCACCAGAUAACCUGGGAUGAUCCUGCCACCUUGCUGGAGAAGAUUGUGGCUUAUGAAGCUGUGCAUCCAAUCAGGAAUCUGAUAGACUUGAAGAGGAGGCUGGGUGUUGGCCGACGUUGUUUCGGCUACUUCCAUCCAGCGAUACCUGGGGAGCCCCUGAUUUUCAUCGAAGUUGCUCUCCUCAAAGACAUGGCCACAUCUAUACAGGAAGUUUUACUGGAUGUCCCUCCAAUUGCUGAAUCUGAAGCUAAAUGUGCACUGUUUUACUCAAUAUCGUCAACCCAGCCAGGAUUAUCAGGUAUUAAUUUGGGAAAGUUUCUUCUCAAGCGCGUCAUUGACAUGUUAAGAAGGGAUAUGCCUUCAGUGCAGAUCUUUGCUACACUUAGCCCAAUACCUGGUUUCAUGCAAUGGCUUCUCGCUAAGCUGGCCUCACAAAUAAAAUUAGCAGAGAGAGAGUUGCAAGAGGGUAAUUCGUUAGAAAUUGCCGGUUCUACUUUCAGAGAAUCCAUCCUUCUCCCAGAGGAAGAGAAGCUGCUACAGAACGCUGUUGAACAAGUUGAUAGUAAACAAGGAAUUGAACUUUUGCAAGAUAUACUGACAUCAAGCCAGUGGGUAAAGUCUGACAAAUUAUCUGCUGCGCUAAAAUCUCCUCUUAUGCGUUUGUGUGCAAGGUAUCUUGCCAGAGAGAAAAAGCGAGGAAAAGCUCUAGAUGCUGUUGCAAACUUUCACUUGCAAAAUGGAGCAAUGAUUGAGAGAAUAAACUGGAUGGCUGACCAAUCAGAGAAGGGCAUUGCACAAAGUGGAGGUAUCAUGGUCAAUUAUCUGUACAGGUUAGAGAAUAUAGAAGAGUAUGCACUGUCUUAUUCGGGUACAGGGCAUAUCCAUGCUUCACCUAGCCUUCUCCAAAUAUGUUGAGGAACAGCCAGAUACAUGAGACGGAGAUGCAAUUGCUUCCCAUUGACACGUGGCAUAUAUGUGUGAUACAAUCGACAAAAAUACUUUGCAACGAUAUAAUAUGACACCUCUUUUCCGGUUUAAUGUGGACGUUCCUGCGACAUGUUUAAUUUGGCAGUGGCUGUUCUGAAUACUUUCUGAAAGCUACUAAGGGGUACGAACAGAUGACUCUGACUAGCUCUUCAUCCCUUUUGUUUGGCAAUUGUAGCAGAAAAUACAGCAUAGACCAUACGAUAUAAUGGCAUUACUAAUUUAUAAAGUUUUUGACACAUAUCUAA